CACGCGCUACGCUGACCGAAGGGCGGUUCUUUGUCCCUCCUGGGGCCGCCGGCUGCUCCCCGGCCUGGGCAGCUGGCCCGCAGGCUGCUGGGCACGGCCGUGCCCAGGGUGCUGACCUUGGUACUGCCCGUACCUGAUGUCCCUCCCUUUGUCACCAGCUCCGGCCACACUUGCCGGCCACCCUGCCUCCAUGCCGGCGGCCAUGGCGUCCAGGCAGGCUGCCCGCUGCGGCCAGGCCGCUGGCUGCCUCUGCCUCGUGGGGGCCCUGCUCCUGAUGGGUGCUGCUGCCCGGCCGGCCAACCGCUCGACCGUGCGGGAGCGAGUGGGCAACAGGGAGAACGAGAUCCUGCCCCCCGACCACCUGAACGGGGUGAAGCUGGAGAUGGACGGGCAUCUCAACAAGGGCUUCCACCAGGAGGUCUUCCUGGGGAAGGACAUGGACGGCUUUGAGGAGGACGCGGAGCCGCGGAAGAGCAGGAGGAAGCUGAUGGUCAUCUUCUCCAAGGUGGACGUGAACACAGACCGGAGGAUCAGCGCCAAGGAGAUGCAGCGCUGGAUCAUGGCCAAGUCCGCCGAGCACUUCCAGGAGGCCGUGGAGGAGAACAAGGCGCACUUCCGCGCCGUGGACCCCGAUGGCGAUGGUGAGGCAGGCUCGUCCGGCCCAGAUGGCCAGGCCAGCAGACAGGGGGCGCUGACGCGGCCGCGGUUGCAGGAGUACAUGGACCCCAUGAACGAGUACAGCGCACUCAACGAGGCCAAGCAGAUGAUCGCCAUCGCCGACGAGAACCAGAACCAGCACCUGGAGCCCGAGGAGGUUCUCAAGUACAGCGAGUUCUUCACGGGCAGCAAGCUGGUGGACUACGCCCGCAAUGUGCACGAGGAGUUCUGAGGGCGGGCGGGGCCUCACCUGCCAAUACAGCUGCCUCUGCCCGCUG